AUGUCUCCGAGCACCGUCCACAGCGUUAAGCCCUUCUACCGCAUUGCUUCAAUCCCCGGUGACGGCAUAGGUACCGAGAUCACGCAAGCCGCCGUCCAGGUGCUGCAGAAGCUGGCCGACGCUCACGGCACGUUCCAAUUCGACUUCACACACUUCGACUGGAGCAGCAAGAACUAUCUGGAGAGGGGCUGGUACAUGCCCGAGGAUGGGCUGGAGCAAUUGAAGAAGCAUGAUGCUAUCUACUUCGGCGCCGUUGGCUGGCCCAAUGUCCCCGACCACAUUUCCCUCUGGGGUCUCAUCUUACCGAUCCGCAAAGCCCUCAACCAAUAUGUCAACGUGCGUCCAACCCGCAUCCUGGCCGGCACGUCUUCUCCUCUUGCCAACUGCAGCCGCGACGAUCUCGACUGGGUCAUUGUGCGCGAGAAUAGUGAAGGAGAGUACAGCGGUCAGGGCGGAACGUCACAUGAGCAUUCUCCGCACGCUGUAGCUACCGAGGUCUCCAUCUUUACCCAAGUUGGCAUCGAGCGCAUCACGCGCUUCGCCUUUGAGACGGCGCGUUCCCGCCCUCGCAAGAAGUUGACCAUGGUCACCAAGAGCAACGCCCAGCGCCACGGAAUGGUGCUUUGGGACAGGGUCUUCUACGAGGUGGCCAAGGAAUAUCCCGACGUCGAGCAUGACAAGAUGCUCGUUGACGCCAUGACCGUGCGCAUGGUGCUUCAUCCCGAGACGCUGGACACCAUCGUUGCCACGAACUUGCAUGCGGACAUCCUGUCCGAUCUUGCAGCGGCACUUUCUGGUAGCAUUGGCAUCGCGCCGUCGAGCAACCUUGACCCCACAAGGAAGAACCCUAGCAUGUUCGAGCCAAUCCACGGCAGCGCCCCGGAUAUUGCUGGAAAGGGCAUUGCGAACCCGGUCGGCGCAUUCUGGAGCGCCGCAGAAAUGGUCAGAUGGUUGGGCGCAGAGGAGGCUGCUGACGUCUUGAUGAAGGCCAUAGAGAACGUGACGGGUGCUGGUGUCCGGACCAAAGACCUCAGUGGCUCGAGCAACACACAGGAGGUAACGGACGCCGUGUGCGCGGAGGUGGAAAAAAUCCUGAAGAAGUAA